CUUUCCUCGAUUCUCUCGACGCCUUUUGCCUCCACUGUUUGGUUCCUGAGCGAAAGGCGGAGGCUCUAGCGCCAAACCCUUCACACAGACACACAUCGCCACAAAAUCGAAGCUCAUAAGGAAAAGACAUGAUGACUGAUCAGCCACAAUACCCAACUGUCAGCCAGAAGGUAGCUGGUAUGCUCCUUCUUAGAUCUAGCCCAGUUCAAGAUUUUCGGGCUUAUGAGGGAGGUUUUCAGCAGCCAUCUCUGUACCAGAGGAAAUUCCAACAUGGAAAUUAUACUAAUGCUGCAUUGCAGUAUUCCAUGAUGCAACCAUCUCAAACUGGACGAGACCUCUCCAUGUUUGCAUCAAAUGUAUCGCCUGUUUUUGUCCAAGCCCCUUCAGAGAAAGGUUUGGCCGGCUUUGCCAUUGAUUUUCUAAUGGGUGGAGUCUCUGCAGCUGUAUCCAAAACAGCUGCCGCUCCAAUUGAACGUGUGAAGCUUUUGAUCCAGAACCAGGAUGAAAUGAUCAAGAGUGGUAGGCUUUCUGAGCCAUAUAAAGGCAUUGGUGAUUGUUUUAGCCGAACAAUUAAAGAUGAAGGGUUUGUUUCAUUGUGGAGAGGGAACACUGCCAAUGUCAUCCGUUACUUCCCAACUCAGGCUUUGAACUUCGCAUUUAAAGAUUACUUUAAGAGGCUUUUCAACUUCAAGAAAGACAGAGAUGGUUACUGGAAAUGGUUUGCUGGCAACCUGGCAUCAGGAGGUGCUGCUGGUGCUUCUUCCCUUCUCUUUGUCUAUUCCCUAGACUAUGCCCGUACCCGUUUAGCAAACGAUGCAAAGGCUGCGAAGAAGGGAGGCGGGAGGCAAUUUAAUGGUUUGAUUGAUGUCUACAGGAAGACAUUAGCAUCUGAUGGUAUUGCUGGGCUUUACCGUGGGUUCAAUAUUUCAUGUGUUGGGAUCAUUGUUUAUCGUGGUCUCUACUUUGGGAUGUAUGAUUCCUUGAAGCCAGUGCUCCUUACUGGAAAGUUGCAGGAUAGUUUCUUUGCUAGCUUUGCCCUUGGUUGGGUCAUCACCAAUGGUGCUGGCCUUGCAUCCUACCCAAUUGACACUGUUCGCAGAAGAAUGAUGAUGACCUCAGGUGAAGCAGUUAAGUACAAAAGUUCACUGGAUGCAUUCUCUCAGAUCCUGAAGAACGAGGGUCCCAAGUCUCUCUUCAAGGGUGCUGGUGCAAACAUUCUCCGUGCUGUUGCUGGUGCUGGUGUUCUUGCUGGUUAUGAUAAGCUGCAGAUGAUCGUUUUUGGAAAGAAGUAUGGAUCUGGUGGUGGUUAAAUUUAUGGUAUUCUCAUCCCAUUGUCUCAUCAGCUUCAGAUGGUGAUGAAAAACUUUUUGAGUUCUCAGAUUUUAUCGUGGUUUUGAAUAAUUCAGUUUUGAACAGGUGUUAUUCCUGGACCAUGUUUCUUUUCACUGAUUUUUGAUCUUGUAAACAUGAUAAAUUAGAGCGGCUGCCAAUGCAAUCGCAACUCCUUGAGUUUCAGAUAGACAAAUGGAGGUAUUUAUUCCAGUUGAUGCUUAUUUUUUUUCCUAGUGUAAUAUGUUGAAUGGUUCUGCAAGUUCAUCCCUUCUACUUUUAACUGAUAGCAG